AUGAAGAAAUAAUCAAUACAACCAAGGACGCCAUAUUUUACGGAAUUCCAAGAAAACGUGCAUUAAUUUUCCUAGAAAAACAAUUAAAUAGUACAUAAACCAAUUAACAUGACUAGUUUUGUACGCGUAACAGAUGAUGAAAAUGACGAAGCAAUAGAAAUUCCAGCUGAAGAUGAUGGUGGGGACCACGAUGGAACUUUAUUGUUGUCAUCGUUGAUAGCUCAGUUUCCGGGUGCUUGCGGCUUAAAAUAUCGCUCUGAGACAGGUGGUUUAAGGGGAGUACGACUAGCAAAUGGAUCCCUUCAUCCGCCAAAUGGAGGAUUCUGGGGCAAAACAACAUAUAUUGUUAACUUUCCGAAGGAAUCCAAAAGAAAGGGUGAUGAGGAAAUUGAGAACCCAGUAUCAACAAAAAUGAAGAAAAUUGAAACACAAAGGCCCAGUGACCUAAUUGUACUUGGUUUGCCGUGGAAAAGCACUGAGGAUGAUAUGCAGGAGUAUUUUAAACAGUUUGGUGAACUUAUUUUAGUGCAGGUUAAAAGAGAUCCUAGAUCUGGGCAGUCUAAAGGAUUUGGGUUUGUGCGAUUCAAAGAUUAUGAAUCCCAAUUAAGAUGUCUUGCUGCACGGCACAGGAUUGACGGGCGAUGGUGUGAGGUCAACUUGCCAAACUCACAUAAUGAGAAUAGUAAUGUGUCUACAAACAGGAAGAUAUUUGUUGCCAGAUGCACAGAGGAUAUAACUAAUGAAGAUCUGAAAGAGUACUUUGAGGAGUUUGGGGAGGUUGUCGAUACAUUUAUUCCAAAACCCUUCAGGGCAUUUGCGUUUGUCACAUUUGCUGACCCGGCUAUAGCACAGAAAAUGUGUGGAGAAGACCACAUUAUCAAAGGGGCAAGUGUCCAUAUAAGUAGCGCUGAGCCCAAGGGUAAAGAUAGUAGUAACUUUCAAGGGGAUAGGCACAUGGGUGGUAGAGGGGGUAAACAGAGAAUGAGGGAGGAGCCAGGUGGUAAUUGGGGUCAACCAAGUCCCCGACAGCCAGAAAAUAUGGCUGUUGAACCAAAUAUUAACAACAUAGGUAUGAACAUGUUAAGCUCUGCAAUGCUGGCAGCUGCUCAAGCUGUUUUUCAAGGGGCAUCUAAUCCCAAUGCAUCUGAAAGCUACCAAUUAGGGCCGGGGUUCGGGGGCACUCGGGAUAGUCGCAGCAGUGGGGGAUAUUCAUCAGGUAAUUCGUGGGGCAGUGGGGAUAACGCACAAGGCAGUCAGUCAAGUUACUCCUCAUGGGGUAAUAGGUCAGGCGGUGGUGGGGGAUAUUCAAGCAGUUCUCCAUCACAGUGGGGGGCUCAAGGAUCAUCCAGGGGAUCAUGGAAUUAAAGAUUUUGGGUUGGGUUUCUAUUUAUAUUUUACAAUUUUAUUUUUUUAAAUGGACAGAUGUAACUUUUAAGAAUACCUUCUACUUAAAACAAUCUUUAAAAAUUCAUUUGAUGUAUUUUUCAGACGGAAUAAGAUAAAAAUUGAAAUCUACAGGAAGGGAAAGUGAUGGGUUUGGGCAAAAUAUUUUAAGGGGGGUUUAAAUAUUUGGCAUACAAGAUUAAAUGAGAGUCACAGUAAUCAAUUUAUUUAGAGUCUGCACAGAUUUUAGAUGUUUACAAUUGUUAGCGAUCUUUUAUAAAGCCAUCUUUUAUAACUGAUCUGUUUUGUAUCAAAACACUUUAUACCAUUUAUUUGGUGUUAGAUGCCGGACAAAGUUUCUUAAAUCUUUUACAUGUGACUUAUCUGGCAUAAGAUUUUUGUUGGAUGAAUUUCUAAUUAUGAUUAUAUUAUUCGUAUGGUUUGAUUGGACUUUUGAAAAAGACAUAGGUAGUAGAAAAGAGGUAGCAAAGAAUGAGACAAGGGCAAAUAGGGGGGAAGAUGGGUGCUAAGUAGCAGGGUGGUUGGUAGUUUGGAAACAGUAACCAUAGAGAAAGGGUCUGAGAGAAUAUUACAUAGAGGGAUAUGGGAGUGAAUACCCAAUAGGCUAUGAGAUGACAAAAAAAAAGAAUGCAAAUUAAGAGUGACUGCACUACAGAUAGAUGUUUGUUUAUGCAAGAGAACAUAUCUGAGUGAGAAAGAAAUACUAACUGCUCAAAAAAUAUCUCAUAAAUUGGAGGUAAACUUUUGAAAAAAACUGAUGAUGAUAUGAUAUAGGAAAACAAUAGACAGAUUGGAGUUUUGUGUGUAAAUAAAGAAAAUAACUGAAUGUGAAGUUAUCAACACGCUGUGUUUAUUAUAUCCGAGUGUUAGAGCACGAACAUGAAAGAUAAAUGCUGAAAACUGGUUAGAACGAAUGUAUAGGAUGAUUUAGUUGAUUGGUGAAUGUUGUUUAGAGAAAGUUAUAGUUUGAUGUUUUUACUGAGAGUUUUCUGAAUGUUGAGUUGUUGACAUUGUUUGAAGUUGAGAAGUUGUUUGAAAAAGAGAGUUCUUAAAUUUAAUUUUAGAUUUUCAUUGAAAUAACCCUAUUUUACUUGUAUGUAUUUUGUUAAAAUUAUCUGUUAUGAUUGGACGGUUAUGUUUUAACAAAGUUGAAUUUCAAAAGACACAGGGGUACAUUUUUGUAUAUACAUGUAUUGGGGAAUUAGGGGAUUUAAAAUGAAGUUUAUUGAAGUAGGGUUAUUUCAGGAAAUCAUGUUUUAAUCAUGACUAAGUCGAAUCCACAUCUUUGUCAUAUUGUUAAGUAACAUUGUUUUGUAUUUUGUUGUUAAUCAUGAUGUAAUAUGUAAAUGGGAGAAAAUAAAAAAAAAAUUAAGUGUGAAAGAUCA